ACGGGCCAUGUGUUACCUUAAGCCGAUAUCCGUAUCGAAGAAAGUUACUUGGGAGGAAAGCGGUAUGGCCAGUAUCCGAGAUCGAGGGGUUCAUUUCAUAAAAUGAAAUUAACGGACCGUGUUAUAAUUUCUAAUUAUAAACACAUGUCCGUUACUUCGUAACGCAUAAUUCUCGUCCUCUGCGCCAAGUGUAUCGUAAACAUCCGAACAUGUUCGAUCAGAGGGUGGUGGCGAUUUGUUUCCUCGUGUGCUUUGCGAUAGUAUUUAAUUUCUCCCUUCAUCGUAUCGAGGAAGGCCACGUCGGUGUGUACUUCAGGGGCGGUGCGCUGUUACCUCAAGUGAGCAAUCCGGGUUUUCACAUGAUGAUACCAUUGUUGACCACUUAUCGUUCGGUCCAAGUAACUUUGCAGACAGACGAGGUGAAAAAUGUGCCAUGCGGAACCAGUGGCGGUGUGAUGAUCUAUUUCGACCGCAUAGAAGUUGUGAAUAUAUUGGAUGCGAAUAGUGUAUAUAACAUGGUGAGGAACUUCACUGCGGAUUACGACCGCACGCUGAUCUUCAACAAAGUUCAUCAUGAGUUGAACCAAUUUUGCUCUGUGCACACGCUGCACGAAGUAUACAUCGACUUGUUCGAUCAGAUCGACGAGAACCUAAAGACUGCGCUUCAGAGGGACUUGAACGAAUUGGCGCCCGGUCUCAACAUACAAGCUGUCAGAGUGACGAAGCCAAAGAUUCCUGAAACGAUCAGGAAAAAUUACGAAUCGAUGGAAGCGGAGAAGACGAAGCUGCUGAUAUCCACGCAACAUCAGAAGGUGGUAGAAAAGGACGCUGAGACCGAUCGCAAGAAAGCAGUCAUAGAAGCGGAGAAGGAGGCGCAAGUUGCGAAGAUUCAGUACAAUCAAAAAAUCAUGGAGAAGGAGUCGCUGCAGCAAAUGGCGGCGAUAGAGGACGAGAUGCAUUUAGCGAGGCAGAAGAGCCGCUCGGACGCUGAGUUCUACCAGAUGAAGAUGCAGGCUGAGGCCAAUAAGCUGCUUCUGUCCAAGGGAUUUCUCGAGCUGAAGAAAUACGAAGCACUGGCGCAUAACGCGAAGAUAUACUACGGGCAAGACAUUCCAAAAAUGUUCGCUUACGGGGGCUGUGCGCACGAUCCUGUUCUUGAUACCAGUACAAAUGUCGAGGAUCAGUUAUGAGCAUUACGGAUAAUUUUAAUCGUGUUCAGAUGGAUCAGAAACGAAACGAGAUCGAUUUCCUCUUGUCUCAGAUCAACUCGGCUCUUAGGACACACGUGAGUGCCGAGGUCUCUCUGUGAGAAGCUCCGAACGAUUUACAACUUGCAGCGAUGACUGUAUCUUUGAAGCGAAUGUGCGAAUCUUUGGUUUCUGGAGUGUUAUUUGUUCCUCUAAAUUCACUGUUACGUGUGGAAUUACAGGUUUUUUUGUAUACGUAC